AUGACAGCGUCAGAGAAAAAUAGUGAUGUUAGUGACUUCCAAGAUAUAGUACAUGGUGAAGAUCUACAAUUUCUGCAUCCUAUACAACAUGAAAUACACCCUUUACCAAUCAAUUUACCUAAAAAAACAAUAAGUCCUUCUAUAUGGCUCUCUAAGUUGAGCACAAGUCAACUUAUCACUAUCUCCGGAGCAGCCAGUGGUUUUCUUGCAGGGAUAGUGGUUUGUCCCUUGGAUGUGAUUAAAACCAGGCUACAGGCACAAGGAGCAGCCAGAAUAGCAGUCCAAGAAAUAGGAGCUAAGGUAAACACAAAAUCAUUAGUUGAAUUUCCUGGAUUUAAAUCAACGGUGGCUUCCAUAUUCAAAAACGAAGGCAUUAAGGGGUUCUAUAGAGGGUUGGUACCAACAAUGAUUGGCUAUUUGCCAACAUGGACAAUCUAUUUUACAGUCUAUGAAAAGACUAAGCAAAUAUAUCCCAAACUUAAUGAAGAAUAUUUGAAUGUUAAAUAUGAAUCUUUUAAUCAUUUUUGUUCUGCAUUAACAGCUGGACUUGCUAGUUCCAUAGCUGUGAACCCUGUUUGGGUUGUGAAAACAAGAUUAAUGAUUCAAACAAAUGAUCGUCAACAAUUUCCAGAUAGAACUUAUUAUAAUGGUACUAUGGAUGCAUUCCGUAAAAUGUACCGCGAAGAAGGAAUUAGAGUAUUUUAUAGUGGGUUGGUGCCAUCAGUGUUUGGACUUAUCCACGUAGGCAUCCAUUUCCCAGUAUACGAGAAGUUGAAGAAAGUGCUACAUGUUACAAAUCAUAAAUCGCAUGAAAAGGAAUUAUCAUUAGGAAGACUCAUCUUAGCUCUGGCAGCUUCAAAGAUGAUAGCAAGUACCAUUACUUAUCCUCACGAGAUUUUGAGAACCAGAAUGCAAAUCCAGUCAUCCAACAAGCGUUGUCUCACGCAUAUGGGUUUUGUUGAUACUGUCAAACUGAUAUUCAAGAGAGAAGGUAUAAAGGGAUUUUAUGCUGGAUAUCUUGUCAAUUUGUCUAGAACAGUACCUGCAUCUGCCGUCACACUUGUUAGUUUCGAGUAUUUCAAGAGUUAUUUAUUGACUAUCUGUGGCAGGGUAUGA